CCGUUCUCGGCGUGUAAUUUAAGCGUAUUGUUCACUAAAAAAAUCAUAUUAUUAUUAGCUUUGCAAGCGCGAGAACUCGUCGUAGAUCCACGUAAUCACGAGCAGUGGUGAAUACACGAACAAUAUCGAAACAUGGCUAAUACUAGUACAACAAAAAUUCUAAAGUGUGUAAACCAGUUUGCAUCACUGACUAGAAACUAUGGAACUGCUAAGAGAGUUGUGGCUGCUAAACCAGUUGUCGAGAUGGAUGGUGAUGAGAUGACACGCAUCAUCUGGGCUAAGAUCAAAGAGAGGCUGAUAUUUCCAUAUGUUAAGGUGGAUUGUCUUUACUUUGACUUGGGCCUCCCGCAUCGUGACGCCACUGAUGAUCAGGUCACCAUCGACUCAGCGCAUGCCAUUCUAAAGCAUAAUGUGGGCAUCAAAUGCGCUACUAUCACACCUGAUGAACAAAGAGUAGAAGAGUUCAAGUUGAAGAAAAUGUGGCUAAGUCCGAACGGAACGAUCCGUAACAUUUUGGGCGGUACAGUAUUCCGUGAACCGAUAUUGUGUCAGAGUAUCCCGAGGGUUGUGCCUGGUUGGACGAAACCUAUUGUGAUAGGCCGUCAUGCGCACGGCGACCAAUACAAGGCGCAAGAUUUUGUUGUACCGAAACCCGGAAAGGUUGAACUCGUUUACACUACACAAGAUGGUACGACUGAGAGGCGUGUAUUAUAUGAUUUUAAAACUCCAGGCGUUGCUAUGGGCAUGUACAAUACCGACGAAUCGAUUCGGUCCUUUGCCCAUUCCAGUUUUCAGGUAGCUUUACAGAAAAAAUGGCCUCUAUACCUGUCCACGAAGAAUACCAUUUUGAAACGUUACGAUGGUCGUUUCAAAGACAUUUUCGAAGAAGUUUUUCAGAGUGAUUACAAGACUAAGUUUGAUGAAGCCAAGAUAUGGUACGAGCAUCGUUUAAUUGACGACAUGGUGGCACAGGCUAUUAAGGGAUCAGGUGGCUUUGUUUGGGCCUGCAAAAACUACGACGGAGAUGUGCAGUCCGAUAUUGUUGCUCAGGGUUACGGGUCAUUGGGAAUGAUGACAUCAGUAUUGAUGUGUCCCGAUGGCCGUACCGUGGAAUCCGAAGCGGCGCACGGGACGGUGACGCGUCACUACCGUAUGCACCAGCAAGGCAAGCCGACAUCGACUAACCCGGUCGCUUCUAUCUACGCCUGGACCAGAGGCCUUGCACACCGGGCCAAAUUAGACGGGACUCCCGAAUUGGAGCGCUUCGCUCUAGCCCUCGAAGAGGCGUGCGUCGAGUGCAUCGAUAGCGGUAAAAUGACAAAAGAUUUGGUUAUUUGUAUACACGGAUUGGCGAACACGAAAGAAGGUAUGUUUUUACACACCGAAGAUUUCCUGGAGGCCAUCGCCGAGCAGCUGGAACGCAAGUUGGGCGGCAAAUAAAAACACACAAUCACCUAUAAACAACACCCCGUAGCUGAACAUUGGUACCCAGGCCGAGAUUCUGUUGUUGCAUCCCCCGAAUUAUGUAUACCUUUUUUUUACGCUCAUAUUGCUCGGCCCUGUUUUUUUUUUUCCUACCUAAGCUGAUAGUCUUGAGAGGCUAUUUCAGCGUAACCUUAACUAGUAGGUGAGCUCAUGGAGCUCAAACCGGAGUGAUGCUAACACUGGCCCUAGCAAGAGCAGUGCUUCGCAGAAUCUACCACCGGAUCGAAAACGCGACCCACUGAGAAGAUCCGGCGAGAAACUCAGUGGGCUGUGUCUAUGGGUUAAUUCGCUCGUCGAGCCGGACUCGGACAAACAAAACGUGAAUCAUGUGUCAUUGUGUCCCUUGUCUAUUCAUAUUAAUUUUUUUUUAUAUAAAACUCAUAGAACACACAUGGCCGUUAUUGAUACUUAAUAUUAAAUUAAUGUUCACUAUAUAAUUGUGUCGUUGUUAAAAAAUAUUUUAUCAUGUUUGAUAGAGAUUUUAAAUGUAAGCGUAAAAAUGAAUUAUUAUUUGUGUUUAUAAAGUAUUUGCAGUGCUGUGUCAGAUGUUGUGUAAUCAGUUAAAAUUUAACG